GAUGGAGUGUUCCUGGAAAGCUGUCCUUCUGUUAGUAUUUGCCUCCCUGGGAAUCCAGUAUUCAGCCAUUAAAUCUCUAAGAAAGGCCUACGAGGCUCCCUGUCCGAGCAUGACAGUUCAAAACCAAUGUCUGCAAAGAGACAUGAAAGAUACUGCUACUCGAUUACUCUGUGAAGAAUUUAAUAAGCUGCAUGCAUCAGCCUUGCAACACAACCGAAAACACAUACUUAUUUUUGCAACCACAAGGACUGGAUCUUCAUUUCUGGGCCAGAUUUUUAAUCAGAAUCCUGAUAUAUUUUACUUGUUUGAACCUCUGUAUCAUGUGCAAAAAACCUUCAGCAAUUCAAGCUCUCGAAUCCAAGUUGGUAGUGGAUCUUUAGUUGGAGCCUUCCGAGAUCUUCUCCAAAAUUUAUAUAACUGUGACUUUUACUUUUUUGAAAACUAUAUCUCACCAACUCCUAAAAACCAUGUCACUUCCACCAUUUUUAGAAGAGGGUCAAGCAACGCUUUAUGUUCUCCCCCUUUGUGUGACAAGAUACAGAGAAGAGAACACAUAUGUUCAAGAAAGUGUCGGCCACUAAAUUUUACUUUGGUGUCUGAAUCCUGCAAAACAUAUAAACAUAUAGCCAUAAAAACUGUCAGAAUUCCUAAGAUCAGUGAUCUCAGAACCCUUGUGGAAGAUCCCAGACUGAACCUUAAAAUAAUCCAUUUAGUAAGAGAUCCAAGAGGAAUUUUAGCAUCAAGGAUUAGCACCUUUAUAGACUUGUACCAGCCAUGGAAAAUCUGGAAUUCAAUAGGAAGAAAGCCACGCAAUAUUGAUCUUACUCAAAUCACAUCAACAUGUGCCGAUCUCAGUAGCUCUGUAGCGACUGGCUUAAGCAGGCCUCCUUGGUUGAAAGGAAGAUAUAUGCUUGUUAGAUAUGAAGACAUAGCAAUGGACCCUGUAAAGAAGGCCAAAGAGAUGUAUGACUUUUUAGGUCUGGAAUGGAGAGAGGAUGUCCAAAUGUGGAUAGAGCAAAACACAAAUGGAAGUAUUGUUCCAAGCGUAAACUUUAAAUAUUCUACAAGUAGGAACUCAGCAGAGACAUCCGAGAACUGGAGACUACAUCUAUGCCUUGAUAUAGUCCAGAAACUGCAAGAAUUAUGCAAUGUAACAUUUUCGCUUCUUGGAUAUAAAAUGGUGGACUCAGUACUGCAGCUCAAAAAUCUUUCCAAUAGCCUUGUGGAGCCACGAAUAUUUUUUCCAUUUACAUAAGAGAGGAGAAGAGAGGGGGGGAAAAAAACUACCUGUGUCAGCUACAAUUUCAAACCAAAAUAGAUUAAUGUGAAACCACAAUGAAAUUAGAAUACACUUCU